AGACAUACUAAAUAUAGAUGUCUCAUACAUGUAGAUUGUGUUUCACUCUGGUAAACAGGCAGCUAAAGCUAGAAAGGAGAAGAAAGAAUACAUAUUGCAGGAAUAGUAAACAUGAGGGUGGACAGGAUUGUAAAUGACAUUCCCAUGUACGACAUCUCGAUGAUACGCAGUCUUUGGGAGGGCCGGGUGAAAAAAUACAAGCAGCGUCAGAAGAAAGAACAGGAAAGGAUCAACAAAAGUGCCCUGAGCAAGAUAAAUCAACAAUGGCAGUAUCGCAUAGCAUGCAGAAAAAUGAAGAUCAAAGAAGUCACUUCUCUUCAGUGCUAUCUGGAAAGAUCAGCCUUUGCAGAAAUGGGAAUUUUACCCACAGUUCACACAAGCACUGACAAUGAAGACAAGAAAUUCAUUUUUGAACUGAGUGGAGAUAAAUGGAAGAAACUACCAGAGGAUCUUCAGUAUAUGACUUAUCUGCGAGAAUGGCACAUUCAUAAAACACAAAUUCAAAAGUUGCCUGAAUACAUUGAGCAGUUUGUGGACUUGUGUGUAUUAAACAUACCUAAAAACAAACUCACACAGCUUCCAGCUGAGAUAGGAAAACUGGCAAACCUAAAAGAACUGAAUGCGAGUUACAAUAAGUUGUCAAGCAUUCCAACUGAGCUUGGAGACUGUGAAAAUCUGGAAAAGCUGGAACUGACUGCAAAUUUAACUCUGAGUGAAUUGCCAUUUGAGCUGAGCAGCUUAAAAAAACUUAAACAUCUAGACCUAGCAGAAAAUAAAUUUGCCACUAUACCAGUCAGUGUACUUCGAAUGUCAAGCCUUCAGUGGUUGGAUGUCAGCAAGAACAGUCUCCGUGAUUUGCCAGAGGAUAUUGAUAGGCUGGAAGAGUUACAGACCAUGUUCCUGCAUAAAAACAAUUUGAAAUACCUUCCAAUGGCAACAGCAAAUAUUGUCACCCUCAAAAUGCUUGUUGUCAGUGGAGAUGAACUCACCACUUUCCCUUCCACCCUCACAGAGAAUCCAGAUAUAUUGUUCAUAAGAUUAUUUGAUAAUCCAGUAAGCUCGGAUGUCAGUGAGGAUAAGAACGAUAAAGACCUUGAGCAGACUGAGUAUGACAGGGAGUUUAUGCAGACCUAUAUUGAGACUCUCAAAGACAGAGAAACAGCACCAUCGUACACCACCAAAGUGUCCCUGACUUGCCUUCUUUAGUCAGCCUGAAGAUUCCAGCACCAACUUGGAAAUGAGCAAUACGAACAAACGUAUAAUCACCGAAGACGUUAAAGUAUUGCUGUAUGUUUUGGUGCAUUUGGUGUAGUUGAAAAUAAAUCAUUAUUUUAUUCCCCAGUAGCAGGUCAACAAAAAAGAAAAUUGAUGUGUGCAUGAGUGAUUGAUACUGAAUUAGUUUUGUAUGUCACAAAAAUUAGUUUAGAAAAACAGCAUUCUUUAUAAGUUUAGUGCACUGACACGACCAAACUCUUAUUGCUGGACAAUGGUC